AUGGGUCUACGGUAUAUAACGUUCUUGUGUCCGACAUGGCUAGCACUCACGCGUUGGUGCAACGCUCGAAACCGCAACCCCCUUUCCAGAAAUGCGCUCUGCGCAUCACAUGCCUUUUACCAUUCAAUCAAAUCGCAACCCUGCGUCCCAUGCUUGCUUGCCUCCCCCAAAAAGGCAUCUCAGUAUCUGAAACGUCCUCCUUCGUCGGCCUCGCUGCUAGUCAACACGUCAUCCAAAAGGCGCGCGCGCCCGUAG